CAAGAUCAGCGCUAUGGCGGUCCAAGUGAGUGCACAACCCACGACUCACAUUCCUUGUUAUUGCUGCAGAAUUGGCAAACUAAAGAAGACUAAAGGAUCAAUGAGCAAGGGCCAACUGAGGCCCCAGGGUUCAGGGGUCUUCCUUCUCUGCUUUCGGUGGCAAUCUGAUGAUGACCCCCCCUGUUGUGCUUAGCGCAGUGGCAGGCCCAAACCAAAUAUACUCUCUCCGCCCCCAGCUCCACCAGCCUGUUACCCCCCCGUACUUUAUGCAAUACGACCUCGCCGUUUCUCUUCCACUGCUUUUCGCAUACUGCUUUGCUUUCUUGAAACAUUCUCCUGACGACUUAUUUCGAAUCCGUGACCGUUUUUGGCGUCAGCUUAGCAGCCGCGAAACUGAACGACGACAGCGUGCAUUGAUCGUUCGAUCGUCACACUUAUACGACUGACUACGACUAAGGAGCCACCAGUGGCGACCACUCAACAGCUUGUUUCUUCGCCAAGCGGCGGCCCCUGCUGCACUUUGUACACUGCACACGCGACAAACCGAGCAGCUUACUUCUUACCAAGACAAAAUUUGCGCAGCGAAAGAAACCAAAACAUCAUCUAUUCCAAUUAGUCCGCCUCGCUCUUACCAGGCAACAUAUAUCGGCUGGCUCCGUUUCUACUUAUUCACGAUUCGGAUGACCGUCUGACGAGGUCCACGUUGAAGCAACAAGGAAGAACAACCUUAGGAACACUUCCCCAAGUGUGUCAAUCAUAACCAUGGCUCUUCCAAGGGAGUCUACGUUCCUACCGACUAUUACAUGUUCAUCAUGUGCUCGUCAGGUCGAAAUCUCCAUGAUGGGAGAACACAUCUGCACUCCCACACCGGACGUAUCACCGGUACCAGAAAUGCCUGAGCAGUUCCGUGACGCUUUCGCAAAACACCGAACAGUCACGACGCCUCCGCCUUUCGAGUCUGCAGCAAAAGACCGGGGAAUUCUUAAUCAAGGUCAACUUACACCGGUUAGCCAAAGUAGCAGCCAGCACGGAGAUUCUCGACAGUCAUCACCUAGAACACCAGGUGGUCGAGCCCGUGGUCGAACAAAUGAAUACAAUCCGCCCCAAUUUCCAACGAGAAGUGAUUCAGCACACUCUCCCACUUCGAGUGGCCGUCGCCCUGGAGGCUACAGCGGUUUCGAUCAAACGGCAUCUGCCCAUUCCGAAGACGAUUUUAUGCAACGUAUGAACAAUAUGGCGCAGCCUCAGCCAGCCAUCGACAGAAAGGCGCCCACAUCACACCACAUGUUUCCCCAACGGAAAGACUCGCUUGAUAGAUGGGACACACCUGUUGAUGACCGAGCUCAUCAAGGGAGACCUCAAAGGCAAAAUGGAUAUGGUGGUUUUGGAGCCCCAUCGGACAAGCCAAUGGCGCGAGCCGAUACCUUUCCCCGGCUUCCGCCUCCAGUUGACGUACCUAACAGGCGCCCAUCAGCUCCUGGGUUCGCAUCGGAGCGCCAUAGACCAGAAAUUAUGCCUGGUCAUGUCCAAAGACCCUCGACCAGUAACGGUCCUACCUCUCGCCGGCCUCCGCCUCGCACGGAACUCAUCCCUAGACACAAGGCCUCUGGGUCCGUCGACUUGGCUGCUGAAUUCGGAGUUGGCAACCCAUACCAUACACCAUCGGGCUCAGCAUCCUCUGGAUAUUCCUCCACUGCGGAGAGCGCCUCGAGCGCUCUUACCAGCCCUGAUAGGUCUCUCUCAUCAAGGAAGCAUUCAGAUGCUUAUAAUGGCAUGCGAGCUAUGCACACAGCUCCUCCGCCACGUCCCGAUCUUCGCGUCGACUCAUCUGUUCAGAACCAAAAUCGUCCUAACAUAGCAGUACCAUUGGUAGAAUCUCCUUUUUCUAUUUCUCCCCGUGACAACUUUGGCCACCCACCUCCUCCUGGCCCAGGACCGUGGGGUCCUCCUCAGCAAGGUGGCUCUCUUCCCCGUUAUCCUCGCGGUCCGUCCCCGAACGGAGCACCCCCAGCGUUGCGUCCGGCUCCAUCUAUGCGGAAUGGAUCCCGUGAUGCGGGUGUAGCAUCACGCGGCGAUUGCAAAGCCUGUGGCAUGUCUAUUACUGGCAAGAGUAUCUCCUCUGCCGAUGGGCGGUUAACCGGCAAGUACCACAAAGCCUGCUUUGUCUGCACGACAUGCUCGCAGCCGUUUGCUUCUGCUGAGUUUUAUGUGCUCAAUGAUAAACCCUACUGCGGGCGUCAUUACCACGAACUUAACGGCAGCCUUUGUGGCACAUGUCACAAUGGUAUCGAAGGACAGUUUGUGGAGGACGAGAGGAAAGCCAAGCACCAUGUUGGCUGUUUCAGAUGCUUGGACUGCGGGCAGUCCCUCUCAGACGGCUACUUUGAAGUCAAUGGACAAUCAUAUUGCGAACGGGACGCGCUUAAGCGCGUACAGGGAUCUCAUCACAUGGAGCCAGCACCGCCAGUGCCCGCCCUUCCGCCCCAACACAUGCAUCAACCACAACAACCAGCUCCUCCUCCACAGCCUAUCGACCAAUCACCUGUUCAAGUUUACCCUUCAUCUCCUCAAGAGCACUCUGAGACUCUCCCGCCGCCGGCUUUUGGUAUGACCUCUCGUCGCCCGUCUAAUUCGAAGGCGCCCAGACCUGGAGUCGGUCUCACUAUGGAGAGAGGACCUUACGGAGUCCCUCCCGGCACUCGCAUGCAAAAGCGCAUGACGAGAAUCGGCAUCAUGUAAUUGUGACGAAAUGAGCAGCGAAUCCAAAAUUCCUGCAAUUUCCUUCUCUAUUUGUAACGAUUUCCUUUUUCAGUCUUUCAAGACGAUAUUAUACCCCCUUCUUAGUUCCGACUAUGCGGCUAUCCGCAUGUUUCUUUGUAUUACGCUUGGGUGGCUCUCUCUUUGGUUUACUUUGGGAUGGAUUCUAGUGUAUCCAUACGUUUAUGGAUUUGCAUCACGGUGGUAGCGUUGCUAGUUAGUGUAAUACUUGACCCCUUUGGGAGCCAGUUUGGCUAUUAUGAAAUCAAGAUAUUCAAUAUUCAUAUUCUCAACACUGUGGGCAGCCGUAAGUAACACCAGAGAGGAUCGGCUGCUGAUCAGGGCUAUUGCCCGAGCAGACAACGAAGUGGUGCUGAUCUAUCACAAGCCAGCGGAUGAGGGAUAGAGUACAGGGACGUAGCUAAGAGCAAGGGAACGUGCUUGCCCCCCGAUUUUAGCUCUGGUAACCAAGAUUGGUAUGUCGUCAUAUUUUAUGGAGUUGCACAUUUGACUGAUUCGCCCGUCUUAGGCGACGCGCGCAGUUGCUAGCCCAGAGUUGGGGGUGAGGUAUGCGAUAUGCCAAACGGGGAGCAAGUCGCGUGCCGAGGUGCCAAGCGCGUAGCAAGGGGAUGAAACGGCGCAUGCGACGCAGUUGCUAAAAUGCUCAUUGUUCUACUUGGUCGUCUUCUUUUGUCUCUCGUCGCCUAAUUCUUUUCCUUUUUUUUUUUUUGGGCAAAACACUAUACCUGAUACCGCUGUACCAGCAUCUAGUGCACCAUUGGUCUACGGCAAUAAGCGAACGUUUCGCUAGGACCGCAACUCGUAGUCGGUGGGUGCGAUGACGUAUCCCUUGAGAGGUUUAGCCUGAUGGUGGGUGAUAAAACGGUGCUGUAAUCGAGCCGCAGGUAGGUUAAACCCGGUUGCUGAAAGAAGGCUGCGUGGCGCAUCUAGCGUCAAGCUGGUUGACUUUCGGGACGGGUUGCAAGGCUUUGAAGGAGCUAGCCGUGGAUGUCCACCAGUAGGUUUUAAAAUCACAACGCAUAAACUGAAGGGGUGUAGGAUAUCUUAGCGGCGCACUGUUUACGGAGGUAUUCGCAGUUGUAGCUACUUUUAGGUACAGCCAAUACGGUAAGAGACGGGUGAGCAAAUUCAGAACAAAGUUAUAUCGCUAAAGGAACUAAGGGACUUGAAGUCGUUCAUUUCGUUCGCCAUGUUUGGCAAGCAAUACCUUAGCUUAUGGUUGGAGUUGAAUAUUGCUGGCGAGCAGCA